CGCUCUCUCACACCACACACAAUGUCUGUCCCGUCCCAAGUCGACCACAUCGAGCUGGUAGGCUCGCCGCCAAGCGCGAGCGUCACCGUCGCGGAGGGCGUGACGCGCUGGGUCGCGCAUGUGUCCUUUGAGCGGGGCGACGGGCUGCAGCACGCGCGGAUCAACGCGAGCCUGCCGAGCACGCUCAAGAGCGUCGUGUUCGUGCUCCACCCGCACGCGCUGCCGGAUAACCACGACCCGGACGCGUUCUUCGAGCCCUCGGUCGCGACCAUCGGGCUGAUGCACGCGCUCGUGCGUGCGUCAUGGCCGGUGAUCAACGCGCCGCCUGCCGCUGGCGGCCGCGCGACGAUUGUUGGGCUGGAAGCCCUGGGCGACUUCUUCAACGAGGACGACCACCGCGCCGGCGUCGUCGCGUUCGGCGUGAGCGCCGAGGCCGAGGCCGAGGGGAACGACGGCAAGGUCGUGCUCGUCAAGGACGAGGAGGGCGACGAUGUGCCCGCUGCCAUUUUGGUCGUGCGCGCUCCCACGCUCGCGGCGUGGAAGAGCGGCCUGUCGGGCCCUGAUGCCGCGCGCGAGGCCGCGUAGUACGCAGGCAGCAAGCAGUUGUUGUAGAUAUGGUUACCUCCGGCGGCGCCAAGACCCGCCGGAGGAGGAUCUCGCCGACAGCACCAACCACCACGCAGCCGUCGCCCGUGCCGCACCUGGAGAUAUCCUGCUUGCGUGAUGGCGAUGGCACAGUGGUACACUACAUACAUGGCGAGAUGUAACUGAUACUUAGG